GUAGAAUCGUUGUUUACGUUCGCGGCUGACGUCACCUCCCGUCGCAUGGCGCGCUGCUUCAGUCAGGCUGAUCAAUCAUGUCUGUGAAUGAGAGACUGUAUAAGUGUGAAGAUCCUGCUGUGUGGAGAGGAGUUUAUGGAAAAUACUGGACUGUGGUAGAAGCAAAGUCAGCUGUGAAGGGGAAGAGCGCUGGAAAACUCUUGAAACUGGACAAAUGGUUUCAGGAGGAGCUGCCGGCAGCGAUCUCAGCCCGAUCCGAGCGUUCCCUUACACACGCUGAGCUCGUCAAGAUCAUGGAGUGGAAACUGACUAAAGGGAAAUUCAGGCCUCGUUUGCAGCAGCUGAUUGGCUCGAACAGUGAGGAGGCGGUUCAAAGCUCGACCAGCAAAGCCUUCGGUUUGUUGCCUGACGUCCAAGCGGCGAUUACAGAGCUGUGCAAACUCAAAGGUGUCGGGCCAGCGACGGCAUCAGCUGUGCUGGUGGCCGGAGCUCCGGGUGAAGUGGCUUUCAUGGCUGAUGAAGCUGUGGAGAGCAUCGCCGAGCUCAGACCGGUCGAGUACACGGCCAAACAUUAUGCGCUUUUCCUCCAGAAAAUACUGAACAAAUCAUCCCAGCUUAAUAAAGCGGACGGCCAGCAGGACUGGACUCCUCACAGGGUGGAGCAGUGUUUAUGGGCCUGGGCCGUGGCCAAUCAAAUUCAGCCCUCAUUAUUCCAGGAGUUCAGUCUGAUCGAUGCAACAGAAACAGUGGCCAAUCAGAAGCCAGAGAAGAGGAAGACGGCUGAUGAAAAGCCCUCGAAGAGACAGAAGACUGAGAGAUCUUAAAGAGCAGCUCUUUCCUCUUAGUAUCUUGAGGCCAUUUUCAGCACAUUCCUUUGUAAAAUUAAUCUAAAAUCUUUUUGAGGUAUUACUCCAAGAGCACGAAUUGCACUUCACAAUUGCUUUUCUAAAUGUGUUAUUGUUCAUGUAUAAAUGUUUUAAUAAAGCAAUAAAACCUUUGUAAAGAUUACUGCUGGUUAUUAUUAGUGGUGAAAACAGCUGUGUUGCUUAUGGAAGCCCUUUUCCCACUA